CACGCGGCGCCGUCCCGCUGCCAGUCCGUUCCGUGAGGUGACGCUGUGUGGUUCCCUGAGCUGCUUCAAGUCUAGUGUUUAGUGAGUGUUGUACAGUUACGCGGCGCACCGACGGGUCGACGACCGCACGAGCAUGAGCUCGCUGCCUAUCCGGCUCGCAUUGAUCUCCCGACACCUCUGACCAGCACAACACAAGGUAAUGCGCGGGUGGUGGAGCGGCUGGACGAGGUCGCGGGUGCGGUGGCUGGCGGCGCUGGUGUGCUGGGGCGGGCUGGCGGCGCUCGCCCUGCCGCGCCUACAGCCGCCGCCGCCCGCGCACCGCGCCCGCCCCGCGCCCCCCUCGCGCCUCCUGCUGCAGUCCGAGCCCGCCGCCUCCACGCCGCCCGCCCCCCUCCACGCCCUGCACGCGCUGCCGGCCACCGACACUCGCGUGCUCACCGAGGACGAGCUGCGGGCCGACGCCGAGCGGCGCCUGCCCUCGCUGCCUCUGGCGUACUGGCACAGGCACAAGGACGACAAGAACAAGUACUACAAGAAGAAGGAGUGCGCGCCCUUCCCCUCCAUCUACGACCUCGAGUUCCACAACACCUACUGGCAGACGAUGCACUCGAGCGAGGGCGCGUUCCACCUGUACGGCGCGUACAUGGACCGGCGCAACACGUCGCGCAUCGGGCCCGCCGUGCGCGUGCUCGCCGUGCACGACCGCAUCAAGCCCACCAUCGCCACGCACUGCCAGCUCUGGUUUGAGGAGCGCGACCAGCCCGUGGUCGUGCGCAACCUCGAGUACAAGUACGUGUGGAACAGCAAGUGGGGUAACUACCGCGACCGCGUGCUGCAGCCGUACCUGCUGGCCUGCGUGCUGCCGGCCGAGGUGCGGGACUUGGUGCCCGCCUCCGUGUCGCUCGUGGAGAACCCCUGCGACCGCGCGACUAACAACCUGCGCGUCCACUACGACGCGCCGCCGACGGGAGGGCGCAAGGAGUUCGCGGUCUGCGUCAAGGGCCUAGACUUCCUGCACGAGGACCUCUCGGUGCGCCUCGUCGAGUGGAUCGAGCUCGUGCGCUUGCUCGGGGCCGACAAGAUCUUUUUCUAUGAGCUUCAGGUCCAUCCGAAUAUCACAAAAGUUCUCGACUACUAUGCGAACCUCGGCGCAGUCACGGUGACGCCGAUCACUCUGCCCGGAGGCCAACCGAACCUGCCGGGUCUCCAGCACAUGUACCUCAAGAAGAAGACGACCCACAAGCGACAGAUGGAGCUGAUACCGUACAACGACUGCUUGUAUCGGCACAUGUACGAGUACCGGUGGCUGGCGCUCCUGGACAUCGACGAGGUGAUCGUGCCGCUGGAGGACGGCGGCUGGAGCGGGCUCAUGCGGCGCGCCCUGCCGCUGUCGGCGCCGGCACCGGGCAAGCCGCCGCGCUCCUCGUACCACGCCUCCAACCUGUACUUCCUGGACUCGCUGCGGCACGAGCACGGCUGGGAGGAGGGCGUGCCGCGCUACAUGCACAUGCUGCAGCACGUGUACCGCACGCGCAACUUCACCAAGCCCGGCCAGUACGUGAAGGCGUUCCACGAGACGGACCGCGUGCUGGCGCUGCACAACCACUUCCCGCUGGCGUGCCUGGGCGGCGCGUGCUCCUCCUACGCGCUGGAGACCAGGCACGCGCGGCUGCAGCACUACCGCGCGGACUGCGUCACGGCGCUCAGCAAGACCUGCGCCGAGCUGAGAGCGCAGCCCGAGCGGGACACCUCGCUGUGGCGUUGGAAAGACGUGUUGGUGUCGCGUGCGGACGAGGCGCUCACCAAGCUUGGCUUCCUGCCGCCACACCGGUGACCCUCGAAAUCCUUCCUUACUCUUAUUUUAUUAAAUUAUAGUCAUAAUAAAAAGUAUUUUUUAAAUUUCAA